AUGGGUCGCAGUACCCAUGAUCGGUCGGGCUCUGUUCUCACCUUGGACGAUUGUAUAUCCCAAGAAGUCGCUGGACUACUGCAGAAUGGUCCAGGGUUUGUACCGUCCACAGGCAGUGUCAGCAGAAGGGACAUGGAGGAUGUGGAGGUCGGCAUUGAGAGGAUGGCAUACUCCCUUCGCUGGUGGAAUAACGCAAUAACCUAUCCGGAUGGUUCUCCUAGUGAUACCCCAGACACGUUCGACAGUAAGAUCUGGCAUAUUAAGGCGCAUGGCUUCGAGCAGGGACCUAAACUACCCAAAGAAGAAGAGUUCCAACUCGCUAAGUUCAAGCGGGACGUCAUGAACGCUUAUCGAGCAGCUCGGGCCCCGCCCUCCAAUAUGUCUCAGUCGGAUCGCACACAGCUAAGGAAGAUCCACGAGAAUAAGUCGGUUAUCAUCAAGAAGUCGGAUAAGAGUAACAAGUUCGUGGCAAUGAAAAUGUCUACGUAUCUAGAAAAAGCCGAGGCUCUUCUCUCCGACGAUUCCAAAUUUGAACUUGUCAACCUCACCAUUGACGACUGGGAGAAGGAGACCCGCACUAUCAUUGAGCGGAUCUGCAAAACCACGCUGGAGAAGGAUCUUUACCAAGCUAUCCUCCCAGGCGAUAAUAAGUUUCCGGAAAUGUAUGGUCUGCCCAAAGACCAUAAAGCAGGAGUGCCAUUGAGACCGGUAGUGUCAGCCUGCGAUAGUCCAGUCACCAAUGUCUCCAUCUUCCUAGAGCGAAUACUUAACCAGUGUCUCAAGUUCAUCCCAGCUCACCUCGAGAAUACAGUGGAAGCAUUGGACAGCAUACGCCAGCAUUACCCCGACCUUCAAGCUCCACCCGGAACCAUUGCAGUGACCAUGGAUGUGGUUGCCCUCUAUCCUAGUAUCCCCAUCGUGGACGGUAUUGAGGCAGUUACCAGAGUUCUGCAGCAGCAUGUCAGUGAUAUCGACACGUUUGGCCUGAGUAUUCUCCAGAUCAAGGAGCUGCUGUCAUUCGUCCUGAGAUCCAAUUAUUUCCGUUUCGGCUCCAUGACCUACCAUCAGAGAGAGGGCGUAGCCAUGGGUAAUAAUCUGGCACCCCCCUUCGCCAUUAUAUUUAUGCACGACCUCGAAAGGUCACUGUUGCAGUCUGCGCCCGGCGCUCCUGUAUUGUUCAAGAGAUACAUCGACGACAUCAUCAUGCUGUGGGUAUUAGGAUCGGCGCUCCUCUGUCGUUUUAUUCAACACUUCAACGAUGGUAACCCACUGAUCAAAUUUACCCACCAGUCCACAGAAGAAACGUGCUCCAUUGACUUCAUGGACACCACAAUCCAUGUGUCAACAACUGGAGCCAUUUCAUACGAGCUCUUCCGCAAACCAUGUCACAGUGGCUUGGUGACUGACUACAAAUCCGCCGUUCCAUAUCAACAAAAGUUCUCAAUUGCCUCUUCCGAAUUCCUCCGUGCCUCUCGACUAUCAUCGGAUAAUGAGACGCGCCGGAGGAGUGAAAAGAAGGUCAUCGACGUGCUGAAAUUCAACAAUUUCCCCCAAUCAGUGAUUGACAAGGCCCGGGAACGAGCUGGACGACCGACAGGACCCAAACAGAAAAAGGACUUUCGCACAACACUCAAGCUGCCAUUCAAAACCGAUCACAUCCACAAGAAGGUGCAGUAUCUCAUUCGCAAAUAUCAGCUGAACACCCACAUCAUAUACAAGAAUGCUCGGCUCAGCUCGCGGGUUUGCAGGUCUGCUUUGGACAAGCCCCUAUGCCGCAAAUUCGUUGAUCCACAGCAGCCAAGGAGAAGGGGAAGACCGAAAUCAGCUUGCGUGGCAUGUACAGCAGGGGCAGUGGACUGCACCCGCCGAAACGUGGUAUACCACCUCGAGUGCCGUUGCGGUGAUGACUAUGUGGGUGAAACUGGCCGAAGCGUUGCGACAAGGUCAAGGGAGCACAACGAUAAUGCACGCAACGAGGUCCGAGGGAAGGCGCUGGGUGAGCAUUACCGGAUCUUCCAUGCCGAUGAGCCAUUGUCGCUGGGGCAGACCGGAUUCGCCAACGUCUGUGUGCUUGCGACUGAGCCAGACAGGGCAAGGAGAAGGAUUCGGGAAGCGGUCAAGAUCCGGGACAUGGAGCCUAAUAUCAACACCAGCAGUGGUUGGGAUCUCCUGUGA